ACAUCUGUGCAGGUGGUGCUGCUGUGGAUCCGCACGGAACUCCGUGCAGCCGCACGACCUGCACAGAGAAAUGCAGACCCACGGGCAGGUACCAUUAGUUCUAAUUGCAUGCUGCCUGCACUGGAAAACGCAACCGUACUGGGAACCGAGGUUCCCAUGUGGGCUGCAUUUUCCAAAGAAGUGCAGGGACUUCUUCCCUGCGUGUCACGGGCAAGGGAGUCCAUUCAAAUGAAUGGGCUCUCGUGCCCAUGCAAAACGCGGCCCACACGGCCGCAUAUAUGUGAACCGGGGCUAAGUGUAAUCCCACUUAAAAUUUAUAUAAACCAAUGUACAUAAAUGAAAUUUAAAAAAA